AGCAGCCGGGUUUCGCCUGCAGCUCCCUUGCACUUGUCAGAGCCAGCUAACCGGCGGAGCGUGCGCACUGUCUUGUUCGUUGUCACCCUCUCAUGGACUGACUGCAACACCAUGACCCAACAACCCAACGGGACUGUCAGCAAUGGCACCGGGGAGGCGAGGCAGAGAGGAGACAAGGGCAGGAAAGAGGUGAAGAUGGUCAUAGUUGGAGAUGGAGGCUGCGGGAAGACUUCGCUGCUCAUGGUCUAUGCCAAGGGCUCCUUCCCUGAGCAAUAUGCCCCAUCUGUUUUUGAGAAAUAUACAACCAGCGUCACUAUUGGGAACAAAGAGAUUUGUCUUCAUUUGUAUGAUACAGCAGGACAGGAAGAUUAUGACCGGCUGCGUCCCCUCUCUUAUCAAGAGGUUAAUUUGGUUUUAAUUUGUUAUGAUGUUACAAACCCUACCAGCUUUGACAAUGUUUUAAUUAAGUGGUAUCCUGAAGUGCAUCACUUUUGCAGAGGAGUGCCUAUAGUGUUGAUUGGUUGUAAAACAGAUCUGCGUAUGGAUAAAGAACGACUGCGCAAAUUAAAAUCCUCUCAGCAAGAACCAAUCACAUACUACCAGGGUGAAGCUACUUGCAAAAACAUUCAAGCUGAGGAAUACCUGGAAUGUUCGGCCAAAUUUCAGGAGAAUGUAGAUAAUGUGUUCAGAGAAGCUACGCUCAUUGCACUAAAUGGCAUGAAAAAAGAACAGAAGAUGAAAAAGAAGAAAAGGAGUUGCCUGCUUGUCUGAGACUAGCACCGUCCUUCUCCCUGCCAUCUCCUGACUUCCCCGGGACUGUCAUUCUAAACGUACCUGGACUCCUUUUAUUGUAAAUACAUUUUGUUUUAAUUAUUAUACGAGUAUUUUAUAAUACAAGCCCAGUCUGCUGGUGACUCAUCUGAAACAUUUUAACUUGAGGACUAUAAGUAAAGUUUUUCUGAGUCUUCUCAGGCAGUGGUUUCCUAUGAAGGGAGGUGGAUGUUGUCUCCGCAUCUGUUCUUCUUGCAUACUGAGUCGUCUAGAAACCACAUUGCUACCAAGGCUGAGGAUCUCUGGCUGGCUGGAGUUACCCUAAUGCCUUUCAUGCCCAUGACUGCAGAACGGGCAGAGUAAAGUGCUAGCAGCUAUGGCAUUUUUUUUGUUGUAAAUAUAAGAUAACAAAUAUACCAUACCAGAAAUAAAGAUCAUGCCUGAACCUCA